AUGAUCCGACCUGUUGCAUCAGACUUACCAUCUCGAGUUGUUAACGAGGAUAUCAAAAUAUGUAAGCGGACUAGAACACUGGAAAAGAAUAGUACAAUUCAAAUUCCAGUACGAUGUCCAGGUGUUAUAAUAUUUGGAAAAUUUGAAGUGGAGACUUGUUAUUCAUGUCCAUUCCCACAGGAGGAGGCUGCCCCUAGAUUAAUAUUUUGUGAAUUUUGUUUAAAAUACACUAAAUGUCAAUCGAUUUUUGAAAGACAUAUGCGACACUGUUGUUGGAGAACACCUCCAGGCACAGAAAUUUACCAAAGUGGAGAUUUAAGCAUUUAUGAAGUUGACGGAAAAUUAGACAAAGCGUAUUGCCAAACACUAUGUCGAUUGGGAAAAUUAUUUUUGGACCUAAAAACUCUGGACUUUGGCGUUGAAUUGUUCUUAUUUUACAUUGUGACAAAAAAUGACGAUUUUGGCUGUCAUUUGGUUGGAUAUUUUUCAAAACUAAAACAAAAUGAAGAAAACUUUAAUGUAGCUUGUAUCGUAAUCAUGCCACAGUACCGAAGACAAGGGUAUGGACGAAUUCUCAUCGAAUUCAGUUAUCUUCUAUCUAGAAUUGAAAGACAACCGAGUACACCCGAAAAACCGCUUUCCGGCUUGGGUAAGAUUACUUACGAUGCAUAUUGGAAAGGUGUCAUUCUAGAAUAUUUAGAUAAACACAGAGGCAUUGAAAAAAUUUGCAUCAAUGAUGUUAGCAGUGAAACUGGUUUAAUGAGACAAGAUAUUAUAGAUACUUUCCAAUCUCUGCAUAUGGUUGUGGAAGUCUAUAAAGAAAUGACUAUAUGUAUAGACUGGAAUGUUGUAGACACUCAUAUAAAGAAGAAAAUUGAAUUAAAACGAGUUCACAUUGCCUCAGAUCGGUUGAGGUGGACACCAUCAAAUUUACAGGAUGACCAAGAUAACCGACAUCUUGAAGAACCUGUUUUCAUCAAGUGCAUUCCAGGUGGUUAACCCUAGUGUACGUGUGCGCGGCCGGCAUGUACCUGGAUUACACGCGGCGCACGAACGCUGCAAUGGCGGACCCGGUGGUGUUCUGCGCACUGUUCGCUACCAUUCCCGAGUCGCUGCACUUGUACGUUAUGAAGAACCUGCUAUGGCGGACGCCAAACGGGCGCUGGUCUGGUUGCGCGGCGAGGACACGGGCAGUACGGUGGACGAUGAGAUGGACGCCGUGGCUGAGUGCAUAUGCAAGGAAAUGUGCAACACGUCCUUCACCGAGCUGUUCACCAACUGGUUGAGCCUCAAA